CUGGCCUUGGCUCCGCCCGGCAAAAGGGGCUCCCAAUAAGCCUCCGGGUUUCUCUCCCCUCCUUCCUAAAAGGGAGCCGAAGGGAGCCUGGGCUGGAUCUCCCCCUUCCUCAGCAGCCAUGGCUAGGCAGGCGGCCAAGACGUUGUGGUAUGACCGUCCGCGCUAUGUAUUUGUGGAGUUCUGCGUGGAGGACAGUGUGGAUGUGAAAGUGGACCUUGAUGAUUACAAAGUGGUGUUCAGCUGUAAGAAUGCUGAUGGCGUGGAGUUGUACAAUGAGAUUCAUUUUUAUGCCCGGGUGAAUUCUAAGGAUUCCCAGAACAAGCGCUCAGGAAGAUCAAUCACUCUCUUUGUGCGUAAAUGGAAGGACAAAGUGGGCUGGCCACGUCUGACUAAGGAGGAUAUCAAGGUAGGAGCCACUGCUUUCUCAUGUCUUCUGCAGAAACAAGGUGGGGCUUCUUUGAGGGAAAUGUCAACUGUUUGGUUCAAACUCGCCGUAGAACUAAAAAGGGACAACAGGAAAGGUGAAUUACAGCUGCCACUUGUUAAAAAGUCUAAUAAAAAAGAGAUUCAUCCCAAGACUUUAGGUCAGAUUAGGUUAAUCUGA